ACUCUUCAAGUACGUAUGAUGACCGAUGACAGUGCGAUGACCUUAUAAGGCCGUAGGUCAGCCCAGGCUGGCCUUCCGAAUCCCAGAAAUUCACUCUCAUGUCUACUUCAGCGACAGAAGUUCCCAGUACCGAUACGUUGCAAGCAGAAAUUGCUCGUCUCAAGCUCGAAUUGGACGCUUUGCGCCCCAAGGAUGGUUCCACCGAAGAAAUUUACAUUGGGAACUAUCUGUUGACAAGGCUUGAGCAGUUGGGCGUAACGUCGAUGUUCGGCGUUCCAGGAGACUUCAACCUAGGAUUCUUGGACCUUGUCGAGGAUCACCCUAGUAUCGACUGGGUUGGAAAUUGUAAUGAACUCAACGCUGCCUACGCAGCUGAUGGCUAUGCUCGAGUAAAGGAAGGCAGUCUUGGUGUCGUUUUGACUACAUUUGGAGUUGGCGAAUUAUCCGCCAUCAAUGGUAUCGCGGGUGCUUUUUCAGAGAUGGUUCCUGUUCUUCAUAUUGCGGGAGUGCCUAGUACUGCUCAACAGAAGGUGAAACCAAUGUUACAUCAUACGCUCGGAGAUGGACGAUAUGAUGCAUAUACCAAAGCCGCUGAACAGUUCACCAUUGCCCAAGCCCUUUUGACCAAUAAAGAAACCGCAGCGGCAGAAAUCGAUCGAGUUCUUACUGAAUGCAUCUUGCGUGCUCGGCCCGUAUACCUUACUCUCCCUACCGACCUCGUUUACACCAAAAUAUCAUCCGCACGCCUUAAAAUCCCGAUAUCUCGCCUACCGCCUGCCAACGAACCAGAUGAAGAAGCUUUUGUUCUAGAUGAAAUUAUGAAGAUGGUAGAGACGGCCGAUGGAGAUAUUAUUAUUCUCGUGGACGCAUGUGCUAUCCGGCAACACGCUCGACAAGAGGUCAAAGACCUGGUACGGAAAACGCAACUUCCUGUCUAUGCGGCACCUAUGGGGAAGGCGGUGAUUAACGAGAGCUAUGAGAGAUAUGGUGGGAUAUAUGUAGGGUCUAUUAGCCGACCGGAGAUCAAGGAACGAGUGGAAUCGGCAAAACUCAUCCUGUCUGUCGGGUCGUUGAAAAGUGAUUUCAAUAGCGGAAACUUCACAUACCGCAUUCCUACCUCGCGAACUGUAGAGCUACAUUCAUCGUGGACGAACGUUAAAUAUGCGAACUUCCCUGGAAUUGGAAUGAAACAGAUUCUUCCCAAGCUCACAGAUCGUCUUCAGAGGUAUGCUGAACGAGCCAACGCGAUUACGGUUCCCCGCUUUGUUUCUCCUAUUCCACAGGAAGACACGAAAGAAAUCACGCAUGCCUGGUUCUGGCCUCGGUUGGCGACAUUCUUUAAAGAAAAGGAUGUUGUGGUAGCGGAGACAGGGACAUCUUCAUUUGGGAUAUUGGAUGUUCCUUUACCUCAGAAUGCAAUGUUUGUCAGCCAAAUUCUCUGGGGCAGUAUAGGGUGGACUGUUGGGAGCACACUUGGAGCUGCCUUGGCUGCAAAGGACGUCAAUUUGGGUAGGACUAUCCUGUUCAUUGGAGACGGAAGCUUGCAGUUAACUGUUCAAGAAUUAUCCACCAUGUUACGAAAGGGCUUAACGCCCAUCAUUUUCGUACUCAACAACAGCGGAUACACGAUCGAAAGAUUUUUGCAUGGGAAGACCAGGAAAUAUAACGAUAUAUCGAACUGGGACUGGACAGCUCUUCCUUCUGUUCUCGGAGACGUUGAUCGAGUCAAAUCGAAAACCUACACAGUCAAAGAUAAAGACGAGUUGGACCGGUUAUUGCUAGACGAUGAUUUCGGAGUACAGAAAGCAAAGGAAGUCCUUCAACUGGUGGAAGUCAUCAUGCCGAUGCAUGAUGCACCGAGGGCGUUGAAAUCACAAGCAGAAAUGAGUGGAAAAACGAACCAAUACGUGCUCGAAAUGAGAGGGGACCUGUAAUCUCCAAAAUAGCGUGUCCUCUACGGAUUGAUGUAAUAUAGAGGCUUCUGUCUGAUAUAUUCAGUUUGUG